AUGUUUUACACACGGAACCACGCCAGCCAGUUACACGUGUUUUACACAUGGAACCACGCCAGCCAGUUACACGUGUUUUACACACGGAACCACGCCAGCCGUUUACAUGUGAAUUACACAUGGAACCACGCCAGCCAGUUAAACGUGUUUUACACACAGAACCACGCCAGCCAGUUACACGUGUUUUACACACAGAACCACGCCAGCCAGUUACACGUGUUUUACACACAGAACCACACCAGCCAUUUACAUGUUGCCAUUAUCGCCGGGAACUUUGAACUGGGCGAAUUCAUCAAGAAUCACAAAGACUCAGACAUGGUUCCUUUCAAGGAGAAGCCCACCUACGCCCCACAGCGGAGGGAAGGCCACAACACGCUCACCCUCCCCCACAUGCUGCAACGCUCCAGCAGUGACAACAACCUCAACAUUCCCGAGUGGCUGUCCUUCUCAACUGGCCAGGCUCCCAGGAAUCCCAACGGCACGCUGCGCAGCGUCAGUAAUCCCCGCGGUGGGCGCAGCCGGUCACCCUCUCGCAGCCGCCAGGCCGAGGACCCCAAGAAACAGCGAGGACGCGUCAGUGAGACCCCAAUUGCAGUGAGAAGCAGACGGUUAUUAAUGCGAUGCCCACCGGCUCCGACACUGACAGUGAUGUUUACCUUUGCUCCCAGCUCCGCCGUCCCAAACAAGGAAUACCCGGGGAGCGUGCUGGGCUGGAGGCCGAAACGCAGGCUGUACACUGCUGUACCAGGCCGAGUCUUUGUGGUCGUGAAGACAUACCAGCCACAGGGAGAGGAUGAAAUCCAACUCAACAAGGGAGAGAAAGUCAAAGUGCUCAGUGUAGGGGAAGGAGGAUUCUGGGAGGGCACUGUCAAAGGUCGGACGGGCUGGUUCCCUGCCGAGAAUGUGGAGGAGAUCCCGAACAAACCUCAGGACAGCAAACACGAGAGUCGGAGCGAGAAAGCGAAGAGGUUGUUCCGGCACUACACGGUGGGCUCCUAUGACAGCUUCGAUGCCCCGAGUGACUACAUCAUUAAAGAGAAGACAGUCCUGCUGCAGAAAAGAGACAGCGAAGGCUUCGGAUUUGUGCUGCGAGGGGCGAAAGCCCAGACACCGAUUGAGGAGUUCACCCCGACACCAGCCUUUCCUGCUCUUCAGUAUCUGGAGUCAGUGGAUGAAGGAGGAGUGGCAUGGCGGGCAGGUCUACGCAUGGGCGACUUCCUGAUCGAGGUCAAUGGGCAGAAUGUGGUGAAGGUGGGGCAUCGACAGGUGGUCAACAUGAUCCGGCAGGGUGGCAAUAACCUCAUGCUCAAGGUCGUCAUGGUAACUCGCAAUCCCGACAUGGAGGAAGCUUCCAGGAAGAAAGUCACGACGCAGACAAAACGACUCACUCCACCCGCCGUUGCCCUCCGCUCAAAAUCCAUGACCUCUGAACUUGAGGACUUCGCCUCCCCGUGGAACAAGAAGACUGAUUACGAGCCCCAGCAGUCUACAGAGAAGAGGCGGAAAGUUUAUCAAAUGGCAUUAAACAGAUUGGAUGAGAUACUGGCAGCAGCACAGCAGUCCAUUGCGAAUGAGAACGUCAGCGGCCAGGCUAAUGUACCGAAACCACGCACUGCAGCUCGAACCUUCUACAGCGCUGAGAGUGCUGAGGUGCCAGGGCACCGGGGUGGGGUCCAUGUCAGUCAAACCAUCGACACCAGUGGCAGGCGUAGGCCGUUCAGCCCCUCGAACCUGCUGCACCAUUCAAUCUGA